AUGGCCGUCGAUACAUCCAGCCCUGUGCCGGGUGCCGACUUCUUCUUCAAAGGCGAGACGGGACGCAACACACGAGGUCUUCUGCGUCUCAUCAUCCUGUGCACCAUUGCAGCAGCAGCCAUCUCCGCCCGCUUGUUCUCUGUCAUUCGCUUCGAGAGCAUUAUUCACGAAUUCGAUCCUUGGUUCAACUUUCGAGCAACAAAAUACCUCGUCAGCAACGGCUUCUACAACUUUUGGGAUUGGUUCGACGACCGAACAUGGCAUCCUCUCGGACGUGUCACCGGGGGCACUCUCUACCCAGGCCUCAUGGUCACAUCAGGAGCCAUCUACCAUGCUCUCCGCGCACUGGCGAUGCCCAUCGAUAUUCGCAACAUCUGCGUGCUCCUUGCACCAGCAUUCUCCGGCCUGACGGCCUUUGCGACCUACCUCUUCACGUCCGAGAUGAGUGACAGCCCUUCUGCAGGUCUGCUCGCCGCUAUUUUCAUGGGCAUUGCGCCAGGAUACAUCAGCAGAAGUGUGGCCGGUUCAUACGACAACGAAGCCAUUGCCAUUUUCUUGCUGGUCUUCACCUUCUACCUGUGGAUCAAGGCGGUAAAAGAGGGAAGCAUUAUGUGGGGUGCGCUGACGGCGCUGUUCUACGGAUACAUGGUCAGCGCAUGGGGUGGAUACGUCUUCAUCACCAACUUGCUGCCACUUCACGCUUUCGUGUUGAUCUGUAUGGGACGCUUCAGCGGGCGUCUAUAUGUCAGCUACACGACGUGGUAUGCACUGGGAACAUUGGCCAGCAUGCAGAUUCCCUUCGUGGGUUUCUUGCCAAUCCGCAGCAGUGACCACAUGGCUGCUCUUGGAAUCUUCGGUCUCAUCCAGCUGGUUGGUGCUGCCGAGUUUGUCCGUUAUCAGCUUCCGUCGAAGCAGUUCCAGACUCUGCUCCGCGCGAUGGUGCUGAUCGUUUUUGGUGUUGCAUUCGGCGGCCUCGUUCUCCUCACAGUCUCUGGAACCAUUGCACCUUGGAGUGGUCGGUUCUACUCGCUCUGGGAUACUGGAUACGCCAAGAUUCACAUUCCCAUUAUUGCUUCCGUCUCCGAGCACCAGCCGACCGCCUGGCCGGCAUUCUUCUUCGACUUGAACAUGCUCAUCUGGCUCUUCCCAGCUGGUGUGUACAUGUGCUUCCGUACUCUCCGCGACGAGCAGGUCUUCAUUGUCAUCUACGCUGUGUUGGCCAGCUAUUUCGCCGGCGUGAUGGUUCGUCUGAUGCUCACGCUCACUCCAGUCGUCUGCGUUGCCGCGGCUCUUGCCAUCAGCCAGAUUCUGGACACUUUCAUGGUCGCGAAAACCCCGGCGGAGCCAGCGGAGACCAAGACGAACGGGAAUGCCAAUGGCUCAGCCAACAUCUCGGAUAAGAUCUCCGCUAGCCUUCCCGACUCUCUUCGUUCUACCAAGGGGCCGCUGGUCGGUAUUUACAGCUAUGUUUCCAAGUCGCUUGUCACUGGAUUUGUGACUGCAUAUCUGCUCAUAUUUGUGCUUCACUGCACAUGGGUGACCUCGAACGCAUACUCCUCGCCAUCCGUCGUGCUUGCGUCGAAGCUGCCCGAUGGCAGCCAGCACAUCAUCGAUGAUUACCGCGAGGCUUACUACUGGCUGCGUCAGAACACUGAGCAGAACGCGAAGGUGAUGAGUUGGUGGGAUUACGGAUACCAGAUCGGCGGUAUGGCUGAUCGACCGACUCUGGUCGACAACAACACCUGGAACAACACCCACAUUGCUACGGUUGGAAAGGCCAUGUCCAGCCGCGAGGAGGUGUCGUACCCGAUCAUGCGUCAACACGAGGUUGACUAUGUGCUUAUUGUGUUUGGUGGUCUUUUGGGAUACUCAGGAGACGACAUCAACAAGUUCUUAUGGAUGGUCAGAAUUGCUGAGGGAAUCUGGCCCGACGAGGUCAAGGAGCGCGACUACUUCACUCAACGAGGCGAAUACCGCGUCGAUGACCAAGCAACCGACACGAUGAAGAACUCGCUCAUGUACAAGAUGAGCUACUACAACUACAACUCUCUCUUCCCCGCCGGCCAAGCUCAAGACCGCGUUCGCAACUCCAAGUUGCCAGCGGAGGGACCCGAGCUUUCGACGCUUGAAGAGGCGUUCACCAGUGAGAACUGGAUCAUCAGAAUCUACAAGGUCAAGGAUCUUGAUAAUCUGGGCCGGUCGCAUCAGGAUGCGGUGAAGUUUCAGAAGGGAAACAAGAGGGCGAAGGCGGCGAAGAGGAGAGGCGCGAGAGUUCUUCGUGUAGAGUAG